AGAGGCCAAGGGCCACCGAGCCCUGGUUUCCCUGAGCCGGCUCCUUCCCGACUGGCACGUUCAUCUUGUUUCCCACCAGCAGGGGAACACCUGCCCACCAGCAAGGGAACAGCCAUGCCUUACCUCUAUAGGGCCCCAGGGCCCCAGAAGCACCCAGUUCCCGAGGACGCCCGCAUCACCCACUCCUCCGGCCAGAGCUUUGAGCAGCUGAGGCAGGCGUGUGUGCAGAAGGGCGUCCUCUUCGAGGAUGCAGACUUCCCAGCCAACAACUCCUCUCUCUUCUACAGCGAGAGGCCCCAGAUCCCCUUCGUGUGGAAACGGCCAGGGGAAAUCGUGAAAAACCCAGAAUUCAUUCUCGGAGGAGCCACCAGGACCGAUAUCUGCCAGGGGGAGCUUGGCGACUGCUGGCUAUUAGCUGCCAUCGCCUCCCUGACGCUGAACGAGAAAGCUCUGGCACGGGUCAUCCCCCAGGACCAAAGCUUUGGACCCGGUUACGCCGGAAUAUUCCACUUCCAGUUCUGGCAGCACAGCGAGUGGCUGGACGUGGUCGUCGAUGACCGGCUGCCCACCUUCAGGGACCGCCUGGUCUUCCUCCACUCUGCCGACCACCAAGAGUUCUGGAGUGCCUUGCUGGAGAAAGCCUACGCCAAGCUGAACGGCAGCUAUGAGGCUCUGAAGGGGGGCAGCACCAUAGAGGCCAUGGAAGACUUCACCGGGGGUGUAGCAGAGACCUUUGCAACCAAAGAGGCUCCAGAGAACUUCUGUGAGAUUCUAGAGAAGGCUUUGAAGAGGGGCUCUCUGGUGGGCUGCUCCAUUGACAUCAGAAAUUCUGCAGAAUCUGAAGCCCGGACGCCUUUUGGCCUCAUUAAGGGCCAUGCGUACAGUGUGACAGGAAUUGACCAGGUAAACUUCCGAGGCCGGAAAACGGAGCUCAUCCGAGUCCGGAAUCCUUGGGGUCAGGUUGAGUGGAACGGAUCUUGGAGUGACAGUUCCUCUGAGUGGCAUUCUGUGGGCCCAGCUGAGCAACAGCGCCUGUGUCACACGGCUCUGGACGACGGGGAGUUCUGCUCUAACAUUUCCUUGAAGCCUGUCCAAGUGCUAAGCUGGCGUGAUUUAGAAUUCCAUCAUGGUGGCCUCCCGAUUCAAGGCACUGAGGACUUAGGGAUGGCGUUUAGGGACUUCAAGACCCACUUUGACAAAGUGGAGAUCUGCAACCUCACCCCUGACGCCCUGGAAGAGAACGCGCUCCACAAGUGGGAGGUGACAGUCCAUCAAGGAAGCUGGGUGCGGGGCUCCACCGCUGGCGGCUGCCGCAAUUUCCUGGAUACCUUCUGGACCAAUCCACAGAUAAAACUGUCCCUGACCGAGAAAGACGAGGGGCAGGAGGACUGCACUUUCCUCAUAGCCCUGAUGCAGAAAGAUCGAAGGAAAUUCAAGAGGUUUGGAGCCGAUAUGCUGACCAUUGGCUACGCCAUUUACCAGAGCCCCGGGAGAGACGAGCACCUGAACAAGGACUUCUUCAGGUACCACGCUUCCCAGGCCAGAAGCAAAACGUUCAUCAACCUGAGAGAAGUCUCUGACCGCUUCAAGCUGCCCCCCGGGGAGUACAUCCUGAUUCCCAGCACUUUUGAGCCCCAUCAGGAAGCCGAUUUCUGCCUGAGGAUCUUUUCGGAGAAGAAAGCCGUCACCCAGGACAUGGAUGGGGAUGUGGCCAUUGACCUUCCGGAGCCUCCGAAGCCGACUCCAGCUGGCCAGGAGACAGAGGAGGAACUGCAGUUCCGGGCCCUGUUUGAACAAGUUGCUGGUGAGGACAUGGAGGUAACCGCAGAGGAACUCAAAUACGUCUUAAAUGCUGUGCUUCAGAAGAAAAAGGACCUCCAGUUCAAGAAGCUCAGUCUGAUGUCCUGUAAAAACAUCAUCUCUCUAAUGGAUACCAGCGGCAACGGGAAGCUAGAGUUCGGGGAGUUCACAGUGUUCUGGGACAAGCUGAAGAAGUGGACAAACCUUUUCCUCCAGUUCGACGCUGACAAGUCAGGCACCAUGUCCUCCUACGAGCUGCGCAUGGCCCUGAAAGCCGCAGGCUUCCAGCUGAACCAUCACCUCCUGCAGUUGAUCGUCCUGAGGUAUGCGGACGAGGGCCUCCAGCUCGACUUCGACGACUUCCUCAACUGCCUGGUCCGGCUGGACAACGCGAGCCGGGUGUUCCAGGCUCUCAGUAUAACGAACGAGGACAAGGAGUUCAUUUGUCUCAACAUAAACGAGUUCAUCAACUUGACAAUGAACAUCUGAGGCUUCCCUGGCAAGAAUGCAGUCUGUCCAGCUGGGUCUUGACUUUUCAACCGUGAACUUCAGAAGCUUUCUUGGUGUAGAGCUCCCCUUCCAUUAUCCAACCUUCUCCUCCCCUGCCCCACCAUCCUGAUCUUGGAAGAAUGAAAUGGACUCAACUGUGAUCUCUGAUUUUAUGCUACUUCUUUGUACAAUCACUGCCCUAAGACGGGCUGAUGCCACCCCCUGUGCCUUACACUCAGAUUCAGGCGUUGUUAGCAACUUCUCCCCCCACUCCUUCCCACCUCUUCCCAGUACUGAUUAUCCAGAGUGUAAGUCAGUGCACAGAACCCUGGCUUCAGUGGAGUGUCGAUCAUUAUACUCCAACAUCCUAGACAGGACAAAGGACAAUGUUUUUGUAGAUGUGUUGGGGACUGAGAUGAGAAUAGAAAGGUGUGAUGUCAUGAUUAUGCCUUUUCAUCCUAGGUGUGUUUCCUUAUUGGGGGGAUCCCCAGGGAAUUCUGGAUGCUUACUUGCAAGAAUGGAAUGUUAACUAAGACAGUCUCUGUCCAAUCCAGACAUCCUUUGUGUCUAGAGCUUUGGGUCAGAAAAGCCAGGUGCAAUGUUCCUUCUUCUCCGUAGUUCAGAUCCAGGUCAGAUUCAGGAUUGCAUUCAUGUCUACCAGGAUGGGGAAGAGCAGAGCGGAGAAGCCUUGUUUUAGCUCCCUGGCACUGAAUAGGAAAUCCCCCCCAAAUUGGGAUGAUGGGAAAUAACGUGAUAUUGCCUUGGUAAAUGCUAGGCCCUGUUUUCUUAUUUAUAUACUUGUGGCAGGUGAGGCGGAAUGGAGGGGUGUGUGGAGAGAGGAGGGGAGACAAUUGUUGGGAUGAAGAUCAGGUUAGAAGUGAAACUUCAUCAGAUCCCUGUCCCCUGGCUGAAGAUGCUAGGGCAACAUGAUCUCUUCCCACUUCCCUGAGCUUCCCUGAACUCACCCAGCAAUAGCAGCAUCAUGUAAUAACAAUGUUUCCUAGUUCCUGUCCUUGAUACUUGACAUCUUGAGGUCUGGCUGACCCCAGAGGGACUGCCCUUCCCAGAGCUAGUCAAUUCCCAGAGACAGUGUGCCUUCCACAUACAAGCUAACCAAUCCAGAGCCCACACCCCAGUCACCUCCUCCAGGGGACUUUCACACUCCACACCACUACCCAUCUGCCCUAAUCACUGCAGGGCCAGGUUCCAGACAACUAGGGACACUUCCCUGGCCCAGAGCUGCUGAAACUAUUCAAACUAGGCAGCCCUCAGAGUGCUUACCCUGCCUCACCCAUCCCUUCCCACGAAAACCUCAAUAAAGACUCUUGCCCACA